AUGACUACUGAUGGCGAACUUGCGUCAAGCCAUCCAGGGGAUGAGCACGAGACUCCUGAGUUGUACGGCAUCCCAUUUUAUUGCGUUCAGGCCCAUACCUCGGCUCUCACCACUCUCAAGGCCCGUAUAGCUCAGCACUAUGACCUGGCAUCCACAUACUACUACAGCUUAUGGGGACAGCAUAUUCACCAUGGUCUCUUCACCAACGGGGCGACCACCAAAGAGGCCGCUCAGGGCAACCUGAUCGAUUUUAUGCUCGAGUUUUCGGAGUUCCCAAAAUCUGGAGCAACAGUUCUUGAUGUCGGUUGUGGUCUUGGAGGCACGUGUCGAUAUCUCGCGCAGCGAAGGGGCUCAACAGUGACCGGAAUCACUAUAUCCGAGCAACAGAUCGGGCUGGCGAGGAAGAUCACCGGUCAAGAUGCGGCAGCUGAAGAGCCUCAAUCAAGCAACGGAGAUUUCACCAGCAAGGGAUCUACCAUGAAUGGAAGCAUUGAUGAAACCCCUGCUCCAGUAUCACAGGAUGCCCUCGCCUCGACGCCGUUUCUGCACUAUGGCUCAGAGGGAGGCCAAGUCCGCUUCCUCCACCUCGACGCCGAGCAGAUGAGCAAACACCUACCUCCAGCAACCUAUACACACGUCUGGGUCACAGAAGCACUCUCCCACAUCCCCAACAAAGCGUUAUUCUUCAAAUCAGCAUUCGACCUCCUCAAGCCCGCAACUUCUGCCCAACCCAGCCGUCUGAUCAUCGCAGACUGGUUCCGCGGACCGCCUGAGUCCUUCACCUUAGCCGAUGACGCAGCAGCAUCCUCAUUGACGCCAGCACAACUCUCCACAGUCGCUCAAAUCGAAGACGGCAUGCUCCUCCCCGAACUCCCCUCGGUGCAAUCCUACAUCGCCCACGCCCUCGCUGCAGGAUUUACUCUCAUGCGAGCCCCUCCACCCUCGACCCAUUUGACAUCGUUUACCUCUACGGACAACUAUACCGCCACGUUGCAGAACCCAAUCGACAUCUCCCCACACGUGGCCGCCACAUGGGACAUCAGCUGGUCGUUAGUCUCCUCGCCAUCGCUGUGGGCGUAUGCGAUCAGUCAGGGACGCGAUGGGCUCAGCUUCCUGCAGAGUUUCCGCGCGAUGAGGAGAGGGUAUAAGGAGGGAUCGUUGAGGUACGGUGUUGUGGUCUUUGAGAAGCCUGUUGCGGAAGCCUAG